CAGUGCAAAUCAGUGUUUGUUAGGGCAAACCAGUGUAAAAUUUAAUGGCAUUAAACAAUAACGAUUACAAGAACAAAGAAAAUGCAUCGUGUCAGGCGCAUUCAACGCUCACAUUGGACAUGGACAAUAAGGUUGAAAACUACAAUCCUUUAAUUCAUAGGAAAGUGGCGCAUCCCACAUCGACUUUAGGAUCAUUUCUCAAUCUCCUUAAGUCUUCGCUUGGCUCUGGAGUGCUGGCUAUGCCGGCUGCCUUCAAAGACACUGGCAUUAUACCGGGAUGCAUCGGAACUAUUUUAGUUGGAAUAAUAGCUACACACUGCAUUCAUAUAUUGGUACAGACGUCAAGAGACGUUUGCAAGGAAACUCAGGAACCGUCACUAAGUUACUCGGACACGUGUGAAAAGGUUUUUAAACAUGGACCAAAGUGGACGAGACCAUGGUCUACUUUUUUCAAGCAUUUCGCUGAUUUUGCAAUGGUGGCCGUUUGUCUUGGCGGCACGGCGGUUUACGUUGUGUUCAUCGCUUCGUCUUUAAAAGAUAUUUUUGAUCACUUCUACCCCGAACAGGAGUAUGAUGUAAAAAUCUACUGCGCAAUGCUCCUCAUUCCACUUAUAUUGAUUGCCCAAGUGCGGUACUUAAAGUUCUUAGUACCAUUCUCGGUUGUGGCCAAUGUGUGUUUCAUGAUCACUUUCGGUAUUACCUGUUUUUACACUUUCACUGGAGUAGAUAACCAUAUGGAUACGAAAUUGGUGACCGACGUUUCACAAUGGCCUUUGUUUCUAAGCACAGCAAUCUUCGCAAUGGAAGGUAUUAACGUAGUGAUGCCCGUUGAGAACGAGAUGUCGAACCCGGAACACUUCCUUGGCUGCCCCGGUGUGCUAAGCACAACUAUGAUCUUGGUGGUCCUGUUGUAUGGAGCCGUUGGGCUAUUUGGAUAUUUGAAAUAUGGUGAAAGCGUCCUUGGAAGCAUCACUUUGAACUUGCCAGGAGAUGAACCACUAGCACUAUCGGCGAAGUUCCUGAUAGCUGUCGCUGUAUUUUUUACAUAUUGCCUUCAAAUGUACGCCCCUAUGGAUAUAAUAUGGCUCCGAAUAAAAAGCAGAUUCAAAAAGAAGUUUUACAAUAUUGCUCAAAUUGCUUUGAGGACUCUUAGCGUCGUAUUCACAGUGGUGUUAGCUGUGGCGAUUCCAGAUUUAGAGCUGCUGAUAGGCCUGGUCGGUGCCAUCUUCUUCUCGACCCUAGGCCUUCUCAUUCCAGUCAUUAUAGAAACAGUUCACAAGUGGGAAAGAGACCUGGGUCUUUACUUUUACGUGUUAUGGAAGAAUGGAUUGUUGGUGUUGUUUUAUUUAUUAGUACUAUUUUCUGGAUGUUAUUUAAGUAUAAGCAAAAUGGUGAAUAAAUACAGUUGA